GCACUGGAUGAGCUCAUUAGGCAGAACAAAGUGGAAGUGGAUGACUGACAGCUGAACCUGGUCCCUGCUGGAGCUCAGAUUCUUCUGGGCGACAUCCCUCAGCAACAGUCAGGUGAUGCCUUCAGGAAAAAUAUCCAAACGUUGUUUUGUGUGAAGUUGAUUGUGACGUUCAGAGGAAAACAGCGUCCUGCUGCAGAGAGAGGAGCAACUCUGACACACGCAGCACAGAAAAGAUUUGUCACUGGGAAACUGUCUGGAUACACAGUGAACGAUCAUGACGACGCUGCUGGACCUGAAGAGCAGCGUGCUGAGGCAGGUGCAGAGGAGCCAGUCGCUGCGGAGCCGAAGGGAACCGCCGCCCACCGCCGGCAGCCCCCUCACGCACUGUCCCGAGCCUUUACCUCGCAGGAUUUCCGAGGAGAGCGUGGAGUUCUUUGAGCGCGUGAAUGCCGUCCUUCAGAAACAGGAGAACAUGCUGCGGGCCGCCCAGGCUGAGUGCCAAAGAGGGGCCUGCACGGUGCCUCCACCCCAGGAGCAUGUGGACCAGUCCUUUAUCCCUGACAGAAUCAGCAGGACCGAGCUCGACCUGCUUUAUGAGGAAGCUGUGUACACCGUGGUCAGCCGGGUGGGAGUGCCUUCAUCGGAGCAUGUGAAGAGCGAUGAAGAGCUGUUUGCUUACUUGCUAAAGGUGUUCGAUAUGGGUGAAGAGGAACAAGACAUCAUUAUCCAGAAGGUUCAAGAAGCCAAGCGGGCGAGUUUCUCCUUGAGAGUCUCUGUCAUGAAAGCAAAGAAUCUGAUGGCCAAGGACGCGAACGGUUACAGCGACCCCUACUGCAUGCUGGGAAUCCUGGUGGGCCAGAGCCCGCGGGAGGUGGAGGAUAAGAAGGAGAGAAAGUUCAGCUUCAGGAAGAGGAAGGAGAAGCUGGAGAAACGCUCCAGCACCAAGGAGGUGUUACCCGCCAGGUGUAUCCAGGUGACCGAGGUCAAACCGGAGACUCUCAACCCGGUGUGGGACGAGCACUUUGUGUUUGAAGUAGAUGAUGUCCACAAUGACCUCUUACAUCUUGACAUAUGGGAUCAUGAUGAUGACGUGUCCGUUGCGGAGGCCUGCAAAAAGCUCAAUGAAGUCAGCGGGCUUCGUGGAAUGGGAAGGUAUUUUAAGCAAAUUGCAAAGUCAGUGCGUGCCAACGGAUCCGCAUCGUCAGGCUCCGAGGAGAACGUCGACGACUUCCUCGGAUGCCUCAACAUCCCUUUGAAUGAGAUCCCAGUGGGCGGCUACGACACCUGGUUUAAGCUGGAGCCUCGAUCGAGCACGUCUAAAGUUCAGGGAGAAUGUCACCUGAUAAUGAAGCUCUUCACCAACCAGAGAGACACGGCUUUGUCUAAGAGAGACUCAAACAUCUCUAUUCACAAGAAACUGCUCAGUCAGAUUGUGGAGUAUGAGCACGCCCAUGUCAAGAGAGAGCCCUACAACUGGAACGGGCAGGUUUGCCCUUCAGCUUGGACUAUACUGACUCACCAUGCUGUGCAAACUGAUCUCCCACCCCUCCAACAGGCCAUUAUUCGCUGGCAGUGCUACAGCAGCCACCAUCGGACCCAGAGGGUGUGCUACUCCCUGCUGCUGCGCCUCCUGAGGACCAUCGAUGCAGAGUGGGACCCGACCGCUGUGAGGGGCGACCUGGAGAGGCAGCUGUCAGACAGCUUCAGGCUGUACACAGAGCACUGCCUGUGUCUGAUGAAGAACAUGCGUCAGGUUUUCCCCUGCACCAGCGCCGCUGCCAUUACACGCUACGAGCUCAUGCUGAGGGGGAUUGGCUACAUGCAAAACAUGCGGGCGUUUAAGACUGUAUGUCCUCUUCGAAAUGAGCUUCAUUUGGACAUCACGACUGCUGUCAAGAAAGGAAGUGCAGAGUGGUACGAGAGCUUAAUUGCGCAAUAUAAACCAGAGGACGGGACUCUGGAGGAGCAGCUGAAGCGGCUCGUUCAGGUGGUCGACUGCGUGUGCGUGGACGUGCAGCGAGCCCAGAACAUCUACAACAAGCUCUUCUACAGUGCGGUGAAAGUAGAUUUCCUCAGCUUGUCGUACAGGCAGUUGGAGAAACAGGUAGCUGAUGAUGUCAGCGUAGCGAUGGAGCGGGUUUGUGGGACUCUGGAGCAGGAGAGCUCCAGACUGACUCAGACGAUGGGAGAGACCAUCUUUGAGCUCUUCAUGUCCUUGAAAACCCUCAAAGGCUUUCGGGAGUUUCUUCCUCUCAAGGACACUAAAAUGUUGGCCUUGACGGGUUUUCAUAACUGGUUCAAGUCCUCCAUUCACAAGUGGCUGCAGAUCGUUCAUGACAGAUCCUGCGACAGAAUUCGUAAAGCCGUGGAAACUGACAAGCUCGAUCCUGUGCAGCAGGCCAAACACAGCUCCUCAGCGGUCGAAGUGACGGCGUGCUUCAGCCAGGUACGCGAGAUCUGGCUCCAGCUGGCCUGGCCAGACUCUGCGGGGGCCUUCAUCUUCAUCACGCGUUUGACAGACAAUUUCUGCAGCGAGGCUGUUUGCUACUCGGAGAUGAUAACGCGCAAGAUUGAGAGGAACCAGCUGGGUCGAGACCACAAGAGCUUCACAGUGCAGCUCUGCAUCGCCCUGAACAACACGGAGCACGUGCGCGUCUUCCUGGGUCACCUGCCGCGUGACCUGGACUGGCAAGGCGUGGAGCGGGCCAUGGAGGAGUCGUGCGGCGUGGAGGGGAAGGAGCAGGUUUACAAGGCGCUCAACGGGCAGCUGUUCAACAUGGACCUGGACCUGCAGAGAGAAGCCAAGCGUCUCAUCGCGCAGCUCACCGACAAGAUGCUGCCGGAGCUGCGGAGGUACAUCCAGCACAUCAGCCUGUCUCCAGACUCCAUCAAUAACGAUGACGCUGUGUCCCCUCUUAUGAAGUACUUACAAGACACUAUGGUCAUCCUGACUGAACAUCUCGUGAAGGAGAAUCUUACCAGAGUUCUCCAGAGCAUGUGGGAGCUGCUGCUGCGGAUGAUCCUGGACGCGGUCGCAGAAAACAGGGGCGUCCAGGUGGAGUUCUACAACCGCUUCCAGUACACAGUGGAGACCCUGCUGCACUUCUUUCACAUGAAGGGAGAGGGUCUCUCUGUGGAGGACAUGAAGAGUGGAGAUUAUAAGGUCCUGGAUGAGGAGCUCAGGCUGAAUAAAUGCUCCUCCUUCGAGCUGAUUGAACAGUACUAUCUGGAGAAGAUUUCCCAUCAGAAAACACUCAAACACACCCGUUUUGGUCGGAUAAGUGUGAAGUGUUACUACGACGCUCCGGAGCAGAGACUGACGGUGGAGAUUCUGCACGCUGCAGAUAUCAUCGCGCUGGACGCCAACGGUCUCAGUGACCCGUUUGUCAUAGUGGAGCUCUGUCCACACCACCUGUUCCCUAUGGCCAAGAGUCAACGCACACAAGUGAAGCUGAAGACCCUGCACCCAGUGUUCGAUGAACUCUUUUACUUCCACGUCAGCCCUGAGCAGUACAGACACAGGUUCGCCUGUUUGACCUUCACUGUGAUGGACUAUGACUGGCUGUCCACCAACGACUUUGCCGGUGAAGCCGUGGCCCCUCUCAGCGACUUCUGCUGGCCGGGGAGGCCGAAUGCCUCGCCAGCCGGGAAGAGCGUCCAGCCCUCCAUCCUCCACCUGUCGCGCAGUAAACCCAGCGAGAAGCCAAUCAUGAGGAUGUUGGAAGCGCGCAUCGGGGACAGGGAGGCUCAGGAGUUUGUCCGCAGGCUGAAGGAGAUUGAGAAGUCAAUGGAGGAGGAGUAAAAAAAAAAAGCUGUCAGCGCUGCCUGUGUUGGUGUUUUCUGACCGCGUCUUGCGACAUGUGCUUCUGUACUGGUACGAUGUUUACAAUAUUUGAAUUUCCCUGCAAUGUUAUUGUUUGUUCAGUAAUCACACCAAAACGAAAAGAGUUGGAAAAAAAAAAAAAGAAACAAAAAAAAGAGGAACAGUGGAGCUUAUCACUGUUCUCUAACUGGGAGAUGAACAUCCUGUCACUGUGCAACCCUAUACUGUCUCAGUUCAACUAUAUUUUAGAAUUGAAUGGAUAGUUGAUCCUAAAUGUUACUAGUCUAUAUUUUUUGUAACAAGGUUAACUGUUAUAUUUGUUGUAUGAUCUUUGAUAUGAUAGAUUUAACAUUACAGAACUAUUUUGUGGAAGUAGCUUACAUAUCCAAUAGUAUUCCAGUCAAAGUAUAAAUCUAUACCUCAGAUAUGACACUUUUCACACUCUCCAUGCACAUCAUGGAGAUAAACUGCAUGAAAUCCUAUUUAGGAUGGGAAAGCUUGAACCCACACUGAUUUUCCUGAUCACACGGUGGCACACUGACAAGCAAUCGUGAAUCGAAGUACCCACAUAAUGGAGGAAGUCAUGAGGACAGAGAUUUGGAGAACUGCACUUUCUGAGGCUUGGUGUUUUACGGCCACUCAAACCGAUCAGCGGCAGCCUUCGCUCCCCUGAGGCGCACGCCACCGCUCGGCUUCAUUCGACUUUUCAGAUUGCUCCUUACGAAGCGUGCGAUGGGUCGUCGAGGAGGCCAGAAACCUCGGGGUGGGGAGACCAAUUCUUUUUGACUGAGUUCAUUCUCACAGUCUGAUGCCGGUGAGUCACUGCACAUCUCUGUGACAGUCCUGCUGGCAAGAGCGAACUAAUUUAAAAUCUAAUGAACUCGGCACAUUGAUGACAAAUUCAUCGGUCAUAUUUAAGAGAGGAAAUUGUCUUGAACAAUGACUGUGGUUAUUUGAAGAGAAAAUGAGGAAAUUACUGGCGUUUGCACUCCUUUAUCUCGGUCUAAAUCUGUGUUGUGGAUGUCUGUGUUCACUGAGCCAUCUGGCCAACCAACUUUUUGGAAAAGGGCAGACACUUUAAAAAAAAAAAAAAAAAAAGAAAAAAACGGAUGACCACAACACAAUUAAAUUUCAUCCACUUAGAUCAACAGUAAGAGAGUGUGUUCUGCCACCAACAGAGCCAGUCGGUAAAUUAAAUUCUCGCUGAAGUCAUUUGAGAGAGAGAGAAAACAUGUUUUCCAUCAAGGAAGAAGCCCUCAGUUCUCUAACCGAGGAAGCAGGAAGCAACUACUCCCACCUCUUGAGGAGCUUUUUGUCUUUCAAGGCAGAUCUCUUGCUGGUCGUCACACCUACAUCACGGCAGGAGCUGCCAGUACUCCCAGUGUGCCUGUGUGCUCAGCCACAAGCGUCCUGGCAGGAUUGGAUCUUGUGAGAUCAUGUGAUCUCCUGAAUCCAGCUGCCAUCGAAGGUAACUCAUCCAGGUGAUGGCAACCAAAACACACACUAUCAUUCUAAUCAUCAUCCUAAAAUAUUCAGUUCUGACAUAUACUUUUUUCAAAAAUGUUGUUUUCGCCGGCCUGAUUGGUGCCAAAAAGUGAAUAUUUGGGAGCUAUCAUACUGACUUGGAGUUAGUAAAUCGCAUAAUCACCAUAAAACCACAAAACUCUCAUCUAGAAAGGGAGUAACCAUAAUUCUGAGAAUUCUGAAUUAUUAUUUUAAUGAUUUCCCAACCAGCAUUAAAGUCAUUAUCAAUGAGAAUAAUGAGCAUUUUAUUGUUGGUUUUAUUUAAAGAAUAACU